AUGUCUCAAAACAUUAGAGUGGUUGUUUGCGGCGCGGGCUUCCUAGGGUCCCACAUCGCGAAGACCAUAGCUGCAGCUCAAGGAUCGAAUUUCCCCAACCGCCUAGUACAACUAUCCUCUCGCCAUCCUCAAACCGUUCAUGCUGCUCUCGAAACAGUCAUAGAUCACCGUCGUCUCCUUCCCCCACAAGCUGUGGAUAUAACUAAACCUCAGACUUUGGAUGCUGCUUUCCACGGUGCCAAUGUGGUCGUCUCAUUGGUUGGUAUUAUGAAUGGAACUCCUGAAGACUUUGAACGCAUUCAGUGGAGAGGCGCAGAAAAUAUUGCCAACGCUGCGAGGCGUGCCAAUGCCAAACUUGUGCACUUCAGCGCCAUAGGAGCCGAUAAGGCCAGCCAUAUCCCGUAUGUUAGGACUAAGGCUCUAGGUGAAGAGGUUGUGUUCGAGGCUUGCCCCGAUGCAACGAUCAUAAGACCGAGUCUCGUCUUUGGCCCUGGGGAUUCGUUCUUUACUAGAUUUGCCCGGUUAUCUCAGCUUCUGCCAUUUUUACCUGUCUUCGGAGGUGGCACGUCUCGUUUCCAGCCGGACUAUGUUGGUGAUUUAGCUCGUGCGGUCGAAAUUAUUUCGAGGGACAGUACAAUGAUCAAAGAACAUGUCGCCGGCAAGAUAUUGGAGGCCGGAGGACCUGAAGUUUUUACAUAUCGAGAAAUCAUGAACCUCGUACUACAGUACACGCGCCGAAGGCGUCCCAUUAUAUCGAUUCCCUUUGGCGUGGGUAUGCUGCAGGGGUCAAUGUUGGAACGUUUGCCUCAAUCACUAUUUACUGUUACUCGAGCUCAGGUGGAGCAACUUAAGUCAGAUAACGUUGUCGAAUCCUUUUUCAAAGAAAGGCACAACUGCUUCGAAGAUUUCGUGACUCAAUACUCGGGCCCUUUAACAUCAGUGCAUGAUGUUCUUCCCACCUAUAUAUCAUGA